AAAUUAAUAUUGGCGAAGCUAAACAAUGAAUGGAACCCAUAAUUCCGGUUCAGAGGAGGUGUUUAAUGUAACCAAUCAAAUUUCAACAGAAAGACCACAAGUGAUACGAAAGGACAGAAAUGCUCCUGCAAAACCUCUUUCUCCAUAUGCACUUUUUUUCAAGGAAACGCAGGCAAGCAUAAAGAGUGAACAGCCCGAAGCCACAUUUGCCUCAGUUUCAGAAAUAGUUGACGCUAUGUGGCAGGCUUUGGGUCAGGUUCAGAAACAGAAAUAUGAGGAGCAGAGUGUACGGGACAGGGAAAGGUUUGAACAGGAGAUGAUUGCGUACAGAGCUGGUUCAGUGGAAGAGACUAAGACUGUAGUACCCCCUGUAAAAUACACACCCCUACCCACCCCCACAGGAGGAUUGAAAUGUAUUCGAUUAGGUUGUGAGCAUCCCAGUGUCAGAAACCUGGAAUGGGAAGAUGAGUAUUGUAGUAAUCAAUAUGUCGUUCUUCAUUGUGAAUACGUAUUCAGAGAAUGGGUGAGAGAGCAGGCAUCAAAAGCUUAAAUACUGAUUUAAAAAUAUAGAUACAGGAAGAUGAUCUCGGAGAAAUCCGCGAAAAAUUUGAGAAAUUUAUUAAGUUAUUAUUUCAAGAAGUUUGAUGGAGGUCAAAAUAACCUAGAAAAAAAAAACAAUGAAAGUGCGUAAAUAGUGUUGUAUUUUGUCUGGCCCAUUUAAAAGAUAUAAAAAUAAAAUUCAAUGUUCACCAUGAACAUUGAACAUUGAAAAUUGAACAUGA